UCGAAUAUAACACUCUUACUUGUUCAUAAAUGUGUUCACUAAUUAUUUCGUACGCUCUCCUUAAUACAAAUGUAUUUGUAAAACAUACGUUUUAUUAGACAAUUUCAAAACAAUUAAUUAAUAAAAUUAGCCAGUCAGUUGAAACUGAUUGUUCAAAGUGUUUAAACAUGAUGUAGAAUAGAAAAAUGAAAAAUACUAUUUAAAAAACGAAAUUAUGAAAAUUAAAGCAUUCCUUUCUAAACGGAGUUAUUCUACGAGUUAUUUUACGAUCAAAUUUAAGAGACAAAGAUGUUUAAAAAAAAAUCGAGUAAAAUCAAAGUUUCAAAAAUUAAGUACAGUUGUGAUAUUUAAAAAAAAUUACUCUCUCUCUUUGACGUUGAUGUAGGUUUUGUUAAUAGUUUCAAGAAACUAUUAUUGUAUUUAGUGACUAUUAAUUAAGCUAAGAGAAUUUGGAAAAGCAGUCUUAUCAGUAAAUUUAUUUACUAAAGAUUAAAUUAAUAUAAAGACCAUUAAUAAAUAUUUCACACGAACUACCUCAAUAUUUGAUAAUUAAUAAAAGCUUUUAUAUUAAACACAAAAACGAUAAAUUUUGUCAAAAUAUAAUUCAUUCGAUGUUGGAUGUGCGGUCAAGCUACAACUUGGAUGGUUAUAGAAAAAAAGAGUGUUAAAAUUACAAAAACAAAAUAAUUAAAUUUAAGCAAACAACAAAAAAUCUCAUAAAAGAACUUUUAAUAUAUAAUUUAUAUAUAAAAAAUGAUUUUUAAAAAAUCUCUUUUAAUUGUAUUUAUAAUACAAACAACAAGUGUUUUGAUAAUAUGCAGUAAAACGUUGGAACAUUUAAAAUAUAAUUCGGACAAUAAUGAUACCUACUGGGAGGAGUAUGAUAACUAUUCCAAACAAUUAAAUACUAAGCCUUCAUGGUCAGUAGUGUUUGAGGAAUACAACAUCAACAUGACCAUGACGCAAAAACGUUUAAUGUUAAUCAAUAUAACAGAUAUAGAUCCCACCUGGGGACAAGAAUAUGAAUUUCAUAUUAUACCACAAGAUAAAAAAUUGCUUAGUUUGUCCGAUAACAUAAUAACAGGCCAAGAUAUAGAAACCGGCCAGUCAUGGUGGAGUGGCAAUUUUACAAUGGAAGCUUUAUUUUUGGGUCGUUCGGAAAUUUAUGUUGAAUUACGCAGACCUUAUAUGCCCACCGAAAGAUCUGCUGAAACUACUGAAGUUAUUAUUAUGCGUAAUAUAGGCAAAUGGGAUUUGCUAUUUAAUGUAUGCGUUGGCAUCUUUGUCAUGCUGUUGUAUAUAAAUUUUGGCGCUGUUUUGGAAUUGGAUGCUUUAAAGGCGAUACUAAUAAAACCUAUAGGUCCAGCUAUAGGUUUCAUGGGACAAUUUCUUGUUAUGCCUGUUUUGAGUUUUUUAAUUGGUUACUUUUUAUUUCAUGACAUGAUCGAAUUAAGAUUGGGCCUAUUUUUUACGGGAUCUACUCCAGGCGGCGGUGCUUCUAAUAUAUUUACGGUUAUUUUAAAUGGUAAUCUUAAUUUAUCAAUUACCAUGACGGCUAUUAGUAAUUUGGCUGCCUUUGGCAUGAUGCCGAUAUGGAUUUUUACUUUGGGUGCUUUAAUAUUUCAUGAUGGUAAUCUAGUGGUGCCGUAUAAGACUAUUGCAGCAAUGUCAUUCUCUUUGGUGGUUCCUUUGGGUAUUGGUAUAGCGUUGCAGCAUUAUGCUCCUUCGUUGGCUAAAAAAAUGGCGAAGAUUUUGAAACCGUUAUCGUUGUGUUUUAUAUUGUUUAUUACGGCUUUUGCAUUUACGGUUAAUUCGUAUAUGUUUAAAUUGUUUUCAUGGAAGAUAAUUUUCGCCAGCAGCGCCCUACCCUGGAUAGGUUAUUUAGUCGGUUUUACUAUGGCUCUUAUGUGUCGGCAAUCUGCGCGUGAUGCCCUAACCAUAGCUAUUGAAACGGGUAUACAAAAUACCGGCAUAGCCAUAUUUAUGUUAAGCUUUACAUUACCUCAGCCCCAAGCUGAUAUGACAAGUGCAGUACCGGUGGCCAAUUCAAUGAUGACACCAUUACCUUUACUCUUGCUGUACAUAAUAAAGAAAAUCUUUUGUCGCACCAGUAUUGAGGAAACAGAAGAGCCUGGUAUAAAAGCUACAAAAUUUACUGAAACAAAAGCUAUUGUAGAAAAGGAACAACAGUGUGUAGAGACGAAAGCAGCUAACAAAACGUGAUUAAUUUUUAAUUUAACAAAUAGUAUUUUUUUGUUGUUAAGUUUGUAGUUUAAAAAUAUUUUAUACUUUUUGUAAUUUAAGGAAAACAUUAGAGAGAAUAGUAUUUUAUAUGAACAAACUAA